GUCACCAUGGAUUCCAUUGCCUCCAUCUAUAUUCCGCUGAUCAAGAAGAAACCCGAACUCAGUUCUUACUUUAUCGCCUUGGUCAUCAUUGUGUCCAUCGCUUUGAUGAACCUCGUGACGGCUGUCUUGGUCGAGGGCGCCUUGGACCACGCCCGCCAGGAAAAAGAGGAAGAUGUGAAGCUGAGCAACAGCAAAUUUCGGGAAAUGAUCCCACAGCUUCAAUCGCUCUUCGAGAGCCUGGAUACGGACAAGAGUGGCGAGCUUCAGAGAACAGAGAUUGAAGCAGCUGAACGCGAGAAGCGCGCAGAGAUUCCCGCAGACAUUUUGGACAAAGCCUCCGUGGCCAGUAUGACGGAGCUCUUUGAAAAGCUCGACGUGGACAAGUCCGGCAGUCUGAAGAGUGCCGAGUUCAUCGAGGGGUGCAUGAACAUCUUCCUGCUGGAGAUUCCCGUCCGCGACCUGAUGAUGAUGAAAAUGAUCCGCUUGGUGCGCAGCGGUGUGGCCCACAUCGAAGAUGAGAUCCGGGACCUCCGACGCAGCAUUCACCAUCCGGAUCCGUGACGCGGUGCUGAACGGCGCCAAGUAACGGUGCCACCUUCGACGACUCCCAGCGCCCAACCGUAAGAGUUGCGGCAGGAGAUAGCCAUACUCCUCCCGCUGCCGAGCUGAUCGCAUUAGCCAAAGUCAACUUACAUAAGAUCGAAAGUCAGCUGAGAAGAACUGAUGGGCUUAGAGUGAAAAAAACAGUCGAGUUUUCACUUUGCUUUGCUUUUUGAUCUUUUUGUACUGGUUUCACCUGAAAACUUGGUGUAUUUUUCACCAACAACGCGCGCCGACGGCGACUUUUACAGACACAAAAAGGCCUGUGGCCAAAGGUCCAGUGCUGUCAUGUGUCUGGGCUUAUCUAUAUAAAGCACCACGGCACUACGGCAAGCCGUCACGGAAGGUUGGCAAGCGUCCACGCGAAAUGGGAAGGCUGAG